GUUUCCAAGUCGUUCUACACCGACCAGCUUUACAUACCUAUUUACUCUACCUCCAUCUUCACCAUGUCCAAGACAGCUCUCGUUAUCCGAGCCACGGGAUCUCAAGGGAAGGGCGUUGUCAAGCACCUCGCAAAAUCAGGAUGGAACGUCCAUGCCUUUGUGCCAGACCCUUCUGCUGAGCGCGCCGUUGCGCUUAAAAAGUUUGGCGACUCGGUGUCUCUGCACAAAGGGAGUCUUGAUGACGCAGCAUCAGUCGAGGCUGCCAUCAAAGGCUGCAACGCCGUCUUCCUCACCCAAAUGCCCACCUGGAAAGAUGAUUCCGAAACUCGCGAGGCCCGCAUGCUGCUCGAUGCCGCCAAAGCCGCUGGCGUGCGACACAUUGCCGUCUCCACCCAGGCCGGCUUAAGUCACCCCAACGUGGAGCAAAUAUUCGCCAAUCCAAUGAUCGCGCCCUCCGUCGCCGGAAAGAUUGCAGUCGAAAAGCUCGUCAGCGAGUGCGACAUUCCCUGGACGGCUCUUCGACCUGGAUGGUUCAAUACCAACAUCACUCUGCCAGUCGUCGACAUGAUGUACCCAGGCCUAUCGGACGGCAAGUUUAUCAACAGCUACACUCCGGACUUGCGCAUAUGUACUGUUGAUCCCGACGACAUCGGUGCUUUUACUGCUCACGUGUUCGACCAUCCUGACCAGUACGCAGGCAGGUCUGUGAACAUUGUAAGCGAGGAGAUUACUGUGGCAGAUAUCAUUUCCGAGAUAGAGAGAGCAUCUGGCAAGACCAUUGACGUGCACUAUCGCACGGAGGAAGAGAAUAACAAGGAAGCAGGCAAUCCAUUUGUUAUUGGGCAACAACUUAUGAAGGAUUUGGAAGGGGUAGCAGAUAUGGACGAGGUCAGGAGCCAUGGAGUUCCUCUCACGACUUUCCGACAAUUCUUGGAAAACAACAAGGAUACAGUUGUGCCGAGGGAGGGAAAUCAUGAGCGGCUCAGCGCUGACAAGCUCCUUUCGGAACGCGUCAAAGCCUGAUAUGGUGACGGUUGUUACACAGUUCACAGUGCCGAACACAAUUAAGGAAUCCGUAGCGCGUAUCAAAUCCGGAGUUACUUAUUAUAGAACACGACCGUAGAAUUAUAAUCUGAUAAUCUA